ACCGGUCCACCUGAGUUUCGGGUUGAGAGACAGAAUCACGUCGCGCGGCGGACAGAAAGCUAAAUGACAGCUACCUGUUAGCACGGCGGCGCUAACGCUUCCUGUGGGCUCGAGCAGGAUGAUGGCGGAGGCAGCGGCUCCAGAUCUGUUCUCGGAGCAGGAGCUCACCUGCUCCAUCUGUCUGGACCUGUUCGAUGAGCCCGUCUCCACUCCGUGUGGACACAACUACUGCCAGGCGUGUAUCGGCGGCUACUGGGCCUCCAGCCCCGUCUGCACCUGUCCUCUCUGCAAGCGGCAGUUUGAAGAACGUCCUCGGCUCAGCGUCAACAAAGUCUUCGCUCUCAUCACCGACAAGUACAAAGUGUCCCGGUACGGCGCCGCAGGGUUACCCACACGGUUACCCACACGGUUACCCAAGGAUAUGCCCGGCACCGACGAGCCGUCUGCGACGUGGUCGGGCGAGGAGGCGGUGUGGUGUGACGUCUGUACGGGGGUCAAACAGCCUGCCGUCAGCUCCUGCCUCACCUGCACCGCCUCCUACUGCGCUCAGCACCUGCAGCCGCACCGGACCACCGCCUUCUACGCCAGACACCGGCUGAUGGACCCCCAGGAGGCCCUCAAGGGCCGCACAUGCCCCGCCCACCGCCGCCUGCUGGAGGUUUACUGUCGGUCAUGUCAGAGCUGCAUCUGUGCCAUUUGUGUCCUGGAGGAGCAUCGAACGCACCAGACGGUCUCAGUUCAGACGGAGAGACUAGGGAAACAGAAACAUGUAGCGAGGACGGAGCAGGAGAUCCUGAACCGGAUCAGAGAGAAGGAGGUCCAUGUGACUCAGCUGAAGAGGAAGCUGGAGGGAGUGAAGAAUUACGCAGACGGAGAGCAAAGGGAAAUGGAGCACCUCCUGGACCAGGUGACCGGCUCCUUAGACAGGAUCCGGUCUCAGGUAGUGGGCGGGAUCGAGAGCCAGUUGGACAGUGUGAUGUCGAAGGGGGAGGGGCUAGUGAGCCGACUGGAGGCGGAGCUCGGCCAGCUGACGGACCGGAGAGCCAUGCUGGAGGUCCAGGCUGUCAGUCAGGACCACAUCGGCUUCCUGCAGAGCUUCAAGGAGGCCACGGCUCCUCUGGCUGAGGAGCAGCAGGAGGACGAGGAGGACUUAUCCCUCCACUUCCAGCUGAUGGAGGUGAAAAGCUCUCUGCUGGAGCUGAAGGACAAGAUGGACGACAUCAGGAUGGGGGAGGUGGUCUCGAGAGUGUCAGGUGACCUGAUGCCUGCAGAGAGCAUGCUCAGUCUGAGAGGAAGCACCACCAGUCUGAGGAAGAGUCAGUGGUCUAUGAAAGAUCGUAAGAAGAUGAAGUCAGUCUCAGGACACAAGAAGGCCCGAGUCUACAUGGAGGACGUGAGCUUGAACCCGGUGACGGCGUACCCGUUCCUCAUCCUGUCGGAGGACAGGAAGCAGGUGAAGAGAGGCGAGAAGCUGCAGUUCUACAGGAACAGUCAGCAGCGCUUUGACGUCUGGUCCUGCGCUGUCACCAAAGAGAACUACAGCACGGGACGCCACUACUGGGAGGUGUUUGUCGGGGACAGUAAGGACUGGAAGCUGGGCGUGGUCAGUGAGUCGGCGCCCAGGAAAGGCCUGUUUGACAUGAGUCCCUCCAACGGGUACUACGCCCUCUGGUGGAGCGGCAGCCAGCUGAGAGCUCUCACCACCCCCCCCCUCACCAAGGUGAAGAGUCCUCCGAAGCUGCGUCAGGUGGGCGUGUUCUUGGACAUGGACGAGGGUCAGGUGACCUUCUACAACGUGAAGUCGGGCUCAGAGAUCUACAAAUUCACGGGAUCCUCCGAGUUCACCGAGAGGAUGUUUCCUCUGCUGGGAACCGGAGACAAAGAGGUCCCUCUGGUCCUCAUGGCCUCACAGCACCAGCUGGCCUGAGUCCCCCUGACUGAGAAAAGGAGGGGUUCAUGAUGGGGACACAUAUUUACUGAGUUUAUUGUUACAAAAAGUGGGUUUUACAUUACGGACCAGUUAAAAUAGACUAAGAUGUUAAUAACAAAUUAAAUUAAGACAUGAAAUAAACAUGCAAAUAAGUGGAGUUGAUUGUUUAAUUCUCGUAAAUGUUUGAAAAUGUCAAAACAAAGAAAUCUAAGUGUUUUUUUUUGUACUUACUUCACACCGGUCAUGUGUUGACUCCGCCCCCUCACCUGUCAGCCAAUGGUGAUGAUUCUCUGAAGACACCUGUGUGAUCCGACUUUUUGUUUGUACAUUUGAUCAAAGCUGUUGAUUAAAGACGAAUGUCACAAAUGA